CAACAUUCUCUCUCUCUCUCUCUCAGAACUCUUUUUCUCUCUCUAGACUUAUUUGUAUUUUGAAAGGCCAAGUAAAGAAGAUGGCAGACGUACUAAGCGAAGAACAGAUUGCUGAGUUUAAAGAAGCAUUUUGUGUAUUUGACAAGGAUGGAGAUGGUGAGUUUCCUACUAUCAUGUCCUCCGUUCUUGGUUGCAUUACUGUGGAUGAACUGGCGACGGUGAUUCGGUCUCUGGAUCAGAAUCCGACGGAGGAGGAGCUUCAGGACAUGAUAAGCGAAGUGGACGUUGAUGGAAAUGGGACCAUUGAGUUCGCAGAGUUCUUGAGUUUAAUGGCAAACAAAAUGAAGGAAACUGAUGCAGAGGAGGAGCUCAAAGAGGCCUUCAAAGUAUUUGACAAGGAUCAGAAUGGAUACAUUUCAGCUACUGAGUUGAGGCAUGUAAUGAUCAAUCUAGGCGAAAAAUUGACCGACGAAGAGGUCGAGCAGAUGAUAAAUGAGGCGGAUUUGGACGGUGACGGACAAGUGAAUUACGAUGAAUUUGUGAAGAUGAUGAUGACCAUUGGAUGAUCCAUAUUGAACAAAAUUCCCUCAUUCAAAUUCAUCACUAGCCCUCAAGCAAUAAACUUGUAUUCAUGUUGUCAAAUGACCAAAAAUAUAGGAGUACUUGACUAGUACCCCUUUGAUUUGUUCAGUUUAUUCAAUUCCAUAUUGUAUUAUUUGUCAAUUUCUAGUUAGUCAGAAUCAUGGUGUGCUUCAAUGUGAUGAUGUAUCAAAAUCUUUGUUCAAUGUGAUAUAUUUUAGCUCAA